AUGGUAAGAAUAGUGAAGGAUGCUGGAGAACGACUAGAAAGAGAAUUAGUCAAUUACAAGAUCACAGAUAUUAAACAUAAGAUCAGAGAACAAUUUAGCAACAUAGAUAUAUUCACUAUUCAAUCAAUUGUUGUUUCUAUUCCCUUCUCGCUGUUUCAAGCAGUAAAUAUGGAAGACUUUAUUUUUACAUUACUCAAGUUUUGGAUUAUUAAUAUUAAUGAAUCUGUAAGAAAGAGUCGCAAAGAACUGUAUUUAAUAAUUAGUAACACAUCUGAAUAUCGCCAAAUGCUUCCAAAUUAUAUUACACCACUUUUACUUCUAUAUGAUUGA